AUGAAUUUCUUCAAGUCGAAGCCGCGCACACCGCCAGACCUCGUCCGGGGACUCCGAGACGUGCUCUCCAAGCUCGAGGCGGGUCCCCCAGGGAGCGAGACGAGGCGAAAGGCAAAUGAAGAGGUCGCGCGGAACCUUCAACAGAUCAAGGCGAUUCUGUAUGGCGAUGGUGACCCGCUCCCGGAGCUCGUCGCACAGCUCGCACAAGAGACAUACAAUACCGACUUGCUCUACCAUUUGCUAGUGAAUAUUCACCGGCUUGAAUUCGAGGCACGCAAGGACGUCGUCCAGAUCUUCAACAACCUCCUUCGACGCCAGAUUGGUGCUCGUUUCCCGACGGUCGACUACAUUCGCUCGCGUGCAGACGUGUUAUUUGCUGCAUUUGACGGCUACAAGGAUGAGGAGGUGGCUCUUAACACCGGCAUGAUUCUCCGGGAGAUGCUUCGGCACGAGGAAUUAGCCAAGACUCUGCUUCAUUCUGACCAAUUUUAUACCUUUCCUCAUUACAUCGAAACGACGACGUUCGGUGUCUCGUGCGACGCGUUCGCGAACUUCAAAGAGACGCUUACGCGCCACAAGACGAUGGUCGCGGAGUAUCUAGACAAGAACUAUGAUCGCUUCUUCAGUUCGUUCUCGUCCCUAAUUCUGUCACCCAACUAUGUGACGAAACGGCAAUCGCUGAAACUACUCGGCGAGAUCCUGCUCGACCGGGCGAACUUCUCCGUCAUGACACGGUAUAUUGCAAGCGAGACAAAUCUGAAGACGAUGAUGAACCUACUCAGAGAUAAGAGCAAGAACAUCCAAUUCGAAGCCUUCCAUGUUUUCAAGGUCUUCGUGGCGAACCCAAAGAAACCGCCGCAAAUUGAGAUGAUACUGAGACGGAACAAGGACAAGCUUCUUACGUUCCUCAAGAGCUUCCACAAUGACAAAGAGGACGAACAAUUCACGGAUGAGAAACAGUUCCUGAUUGUCCAGAUACAGGGACUUUGA